UCUACACCCCUAGUUUUGCUUAUAUCAUGCAAAGUUUUUGGGCUUGUAAUGUUCAAAUAGCAUUAAAUGCCUUCUCUAUUUGUAUUCAACAGAGCAGCACUUUUGUAACUUUAUUUGUUGUUUUAAGUGGAAAAAACUUUAUUUCAUUAAUUUAUUGUGGAAUUAUUCAAACAAUUCCUUUAUUUUGUUCAACGUUUACAAAUGGAAUUGCUUUAUCUAUUGGAGUUGAUAGACUUUUAAGUGUUUUAUUUCCUAUAUGGUAUGCUUUACACGAUAAAAGGAAUUAUUUGGUAAUAAUUAUUAUUUCCUGUUGCGUUUAUUCUGUUAUUGUGCCUGUAAUUGGACUUAAAAUUUCUUUGGAAAAUCCAGAAAUGUUUGUAAAAUUUUUAUAUAAUUUUGUAAAACCUUUCAAUAUUUCCUUUAUUUAA